GACGCACGUUUCUACGAUUCCUGCUGAUCUCAACUGUUUGCCCUCUCUUCCGUUUGCCCAACCGAUCCACCGAUUAGCCCACCGACCGACUGCGGACUUACUAACAACUGAUUUGCGGACCUAUUUGUACUUUGAUAACGGAAACGAUGUCGAACGGGACGAGGCGUCGACGUCGACGAGACCGCGCGUACGCGCAGUACGCUGUCGUCAUGCUGGGACGACAACGUGUGUUCCGGGACCGCCUCGAUCCGCUGGAAGAAUUCGACGAGGAUGCGCUGCAGCAACGAUUCCGGUUUGGUCGCGCGGGAAUUAUGUUUCUCGCGGAGACGCUGCGCCCGGACUUGGAGCGGUCGACGCGUCGCAGCUGCGCCUUGUCCGCAGAGCAGCAGGUGAUCGUCGCUCUGCAAUUCUACGCCACAGGCAACUUCCUCAUCACUGCAGGCGACUACGUACACGUGCAAGUCUCUAGUGCUUCACGGUCCGUGAGGCAGGUCACCGUAGCUCUGGCACGUCGAGCAAGGGACUUCAUACGGUGGCCUGACGUCGCAGAGAGUGCUGCCUUGCAGGAGCAGUUCUUUGACGUAGCCGGGUUCCCUUGUGUCGUGGGUGCUGUUGAUGGCACCCACAUUCGAAUCCAGGGACCGCGCGUGCACGAGGAGGUGUACGUGAACCGCCACCUGUACCAUUCCAUCAACGUACAGGUGGUAGUUGACGCGUCCUGCCGCAUACGCAAUGUGGUUGCGAGAUGGCCGGGAAGCACGCACGACUCCCGGAUUUUCACCGAGAGCACACUAUCAGUCAAGCUGGCCGAUGGCAUCUACGAUGGCCUAUUGCUCGGCGACAGCGGCUACACCUGCCAGCCGUGGCUGAUGACGCCAUUCCUGUCGCCAUCAUCAGCAGCAGAAGUGAGGUACAACACGGCACACACCCCGACAAGGAGUAUUGUUGAAAGGACAAUAGGCCAGCUGAAGCGCAGGUUCCACUGCCUGCACGCCGAGCUGCGCAUGGAGCCAAGCAGAUGCUGCGACAUCAUCGUGGCAUGCUGCGUGCUCCACAAUCUCGCCAAGAGAUACCCCUGCGCGAUGCCAGGGACUGCCAUCCCGCCUGAGGUUCCUGUGGAGCCCAUGGCAGCCGGCCGUGGAGAAAGCAACGAGGCCCGGCGUGCCCUUGUCGACCAGUUCUUCUGUUGAGCCUUCCCGGCACCAACGUCUCGUCUGCAAGACACGGGGAGCUGCUGCCCACUCUUCUGCUGCUGCCACCCUUUGGCCGCUUCCUGACGCCCGAGGCUGCGGCGCUGCCGUUUGCCUCAAGCUAUCGCUGUGACAAAUGGAUAUGCAGGAAGUGAUUUGCUGUAGUUAUUAAAAGUGUGCAUGCAACAUACGUAUAACAUACGGUGUUUGUAACCCCGACAUGUUGCUGGAAUUUUGCCACAGUGUACUUAACUGUAGAACAGAAACUCUCUGAUGCUUCAAGCAUCUCCGAGUGGACCACACACAUGGUGCUCAUACAGAAAUCCAUGCUCACCGUAAUAUCUCGAGAAAUUGCCUACCCAAAACUGAGAGCACAUUAGGUAAAAAUAAGGGGUAGGCUAACAUUCGGUGUUCACAAGGUAGCUCAACUUGAGCCAUUGAAAAAUAGAAAGUCCUGCUACAAAUCAGGAUGGGCUAUCUGUUGGGGAUGGGUCGUCUCUCGGGAUAUUACGGUAAUAUUCGUUGUACCGGUUGCAACUUUCAGUAUUUCAUUACCUUUAGCUUUCUUAUAAAUUUCUUAACCUUGCCAUUUAUUUCACCUAAGGAUGUUGUGAAACCAAACAUUCAAGUCUCGUUGUUUACGAAAUCCACGAUGCUACAAAAGAGUUUUCGCUUGGCUAUGUAUAGAGUGAAUCUUGCUAUGGCUUUCUAUCCUGCUGUUAAACCGAUAACUGAUGCCAGCAACGCUACCUCUUUCCUUUUUGCGUUCCGCACUAGUUCGUCACAGCAUAAACAAUGAGUUUGUUCACUCAUUCAACAACUAAUCAAAUAUCAUGCGUAACAGCAGGGUUAUGCCUUUCUUUUUCAAAGGAAGAAUAUUGUCUUAUUUGUUGCACCUGUUGGUUAAGAGGUUAGAACUAAAUAUCACCACCUUGCAUUCCUUCAACCAUCAAAAAGUGUACUACAACUCUUUGCUCGGAUAUCUGCCUUUGGUACAUCGGUAGUUCUGUUGUCUGGGUGUUAGUUAUGUUAGUAAUGAGCACAUUUUGCUACAUAUCCUUCUGUGUGUGUUUUUUGCAGGUUGUUUGUAGAGCAAUUAUGCAGCCGUAUGAGUAAAAUGAAGAGAAAUUCACGAUUACAUGCUUGCCAUAAGUGACCCAAAGGCAGUGCAGUAUGUCCGCUAGCCUGGGCUCCCUAUCCCUAACCUGCAUCACGCAGUAGUGAUACAUGAAAGUGCGCUGAUUUCCAAUUAGAUAUUGUGUGUAUGGCACUAUGACAAUUUUUACAAUCUCCCUGUUCUCACAUCAGUUUCUUAGGGUCCCACCAUUAAUAACAGAGCUGUUCUGCAUGCCCGGCACCCAGUGCUGUUGACUUGUCAUACAGACUGAUGUAAGAGUAAUCCACUCACUCUUCCGUGUCACCCUCAAUGACAUCGAGCCCACACAGGUUCGGCGAGUCGACGCCGAUCACGUCGAGAACUGCCUGAAUUAGGGGCGUCAGUUCAUGGGGGUUCGGGCCGGCACCUACGAAAUGAAUGCACAUUAUUUUCAUUCCGUAGUCACCGGGCCCCAGAGGCAUUGCAGAGUGGAGGGGGAUCAAUAACCAACUACCAAGCUAGAAUAUAAACAGCAGAAAUCCAACGGCAUUAUGAAGCAUCAAAUAAAAGCAUAGUAAUUUGUACUGUGUGGCAGAAAUGUAACUUCUUAACAUUGCAGUGGAGUGAUCUCGCAACAGUGACCUUCCAACAUGCACAUCACUGCGUGCAAUUGUGCUGCAGUCAACUUUGUACAUAGUGCUUUCUGUGUGCCUUGAGGAUGCAGUAGUGUAGGGUAUUCAGCGACGUGUUCGAUGAACAACAAUGCCCUAAGUUUUAGGACUGUUUUCUUAAAAACAACAGAAAAGGCACAGUUUAGGUGGUGUGCUUUCAACAUUUUGAUCUCCUCUGUCUCAGGUCUACCACACUUUUUGCUGUUUCAUGUGUGUCUCGGUUACUAAAACACGGUUAAAGGAAAUUUCAAUAAAGUAUUUUGAGAUGU